UCAUCUUCAGUCGUCGUCUGGCUCGCUGGCUUUUGGCUCUUGGUUCUUGUUCAAGGAUAUACAGUCGAGGCGACGCCAAGAAUUCAGUUAAAUACCAGAAGCUAUUCACCAGAAAUUGGCUUUAAAAUGCGCUUCCUUGCUCUUUCAACCACACUGCUCCUGGCCGCCUUGGCACUCAGCCAGGCCCAACAAAACGUCGAAAUUCAGAAGCAGCGUCUCGUGAAAUUUCCCGAGGAGUUUGAGCCCAAUGCGGCGCCUCCGUCCUCCCAGAAGGCGGACGAGGCCAAGCGCAUCCUCGAGCAGAUAGCCAAGGUCAACGAGGCCUUUGGCUACGUGAAGAAGCAGCCGGAGCAGCCCAAGCUGCCGCCCAUCCUCGACUCCAGUCAGUAUCUCUUCCCCAAGCCCGCCCAUCAGCCCUUCCAUGCCCAUCAGCACCACUUCUCGGGCAGCAAUGGUCAGACCCUCCUGGAACCCUCGAUCAGGGCGGUUAAGCUGACGAGGAAUGUGGGGGGUAGCUACAAUCUGCCGCCCAGAUUGCGUCAGUCGGUGGAGAGCUCCUCCUCCAAGGAGACCCAACUGUACUUCCGACCCAACCAGGUGGAGGUGCCCAAACCUGCCUCCCCACAAGAAGCCCAACAACUGCCCGCCCACUUUGUGAUCCCAGUGCAUCUGCACAAACUGACCAGGGAUGAGUACCUCAAGGAGCACGCCUCCCAGGAGUACAAGGUGAAGGGCUACAAGAUCAUUGGCGAUGUGGACAGCUUCUAUGGCAAGGCAAAGGCGGGCAGGAAGCAGGGCAAGACGACUCCGAAGUAUCAUCUGUUCUUCCUGCCCCGCGAACUGGCCCUCAACGAGGAUGGAACUCCGAAGAGGGGUAAUGCUACCACUGUAGGAACCACUCCAGCUCCUGCUCCUGCAUCCUUGAACUUUAAGGAAUUCCGCUUGGACUCCCGGGAGAAGCCAGUGCAUAAACCACAGAAGAUUCAGACCCCAGAAUUGAUUACCUUGAACGGAGUGACCAGGAAAAGGGUUAGCUCUACAGCAAAGCCAGUGAAACUAAGUGGAAAGGAAGCUGAGCAGCAGAGCUCCUCAUCCCUCAACAUCAAGACCACCUCUUCUCCUAUCUCCCUGAGCUCCACUCUACCUCCUUCCGGUGGCCUACUGCCCAAUCGCAAUCGCUUGAAUCCCUUCCGCAUGCCCGGCAUGAAUAUCGCCGAGAUGCAGAACCAAACUUCGGUGGCCAUCAAGAAUGCCUUCCAGAACAUAUUCAAGCUGCCCUUCCGACCGCCCAUGACAGCCUCACCUGGUCUGGAGGCUCCUGUCAUCGUGGGCAAUGCUCCGGUGAGAAAUCAGGGUAUCGAUUCAGUGGAUUACAAGUGGGAGGAUGAGAGCGAGGGCGGCGGCGAUGGGAUGAUGUCCGAUGAUGUGGACACCAUUGAGAACACAGCUGCGGAACUGGACACGAGUGCGUCCUCGGAGAAGCACCUGUUCGCCCACAAACACCAGCUGGUGCACACCUUGGGCCAGGUGGCCACCGCCCAGCAGAGCACCCAGAAGCAGGCGCUUCGCGAGGGCGGAAUCAUCAUUCAGCGGCUGAAGGUGCGCAGGGGCGGCAUUGCGAUCGCCGGUCCGGGGGGCGUGGCAACGGCCGGAAGCGGUGGUACGGCGAUCGUGGGUCCCGGUGGCUAUGCCCUCACCCAUCCACGUAGCCUCACCAUCGCUGGUCCGGGGGCCAAGGUCAUCUCCAUACCGGCAAAUGUGGAUUUGAAGGACGCCCUGGCACGAACCGAUCUGGAGACGAGGAGUUUUCCGCGGGAGGGAAAGAUCGUGGCCACGGGACCCACGGUCUACUAUGCCCCGCCCACGGGCACAACAACAACGGGGGCGCAGGAGGAGGAGAAUCAGGGGGCGGGACUUGUCCAAGUCUGAGGCUUAAACACUUUUAGUUAGGUUCCAUAGUUGGUAUUGUCUAGUGUUUUAAUAAAUUCCGUAUUGUAUUUCGUAAAUGUUUGGGCUUUUGCUUUCAUCGUGUAAACUGUACAUGGUAGUUGUAUAUUAUUAACCCUCACUUAUCCCGGCAUGAAAUUAACCCCGACACAAACUAACCCCUCGAUAUGUAAAUAUCUGUAAAUAUUAUCAGACUAACCGGCGGCUCUCUUCACUCCAUUUUUCCUAUGCUAUCCAUACCAAAAAUCUAUCCUAACCCAAGUGCCUACUGGCGCACCACCAACAUCGAGGCCUGGCCACCAGGAGCACCUGUUGCCGAGAAGUCCGGGAAGCUGAUAGCAGGAUCUGCUCCU